AUGUGUUACCAGGUGGUGGAGCGAUAUUCGGUGUGCGGAUGCCUCUACUUCCAGCAUGCGAUUGACCCAUGUCAGGCCUAUGGCCAACGGGGCCAUACAGUACAAGAGAAGACUGUACUGGUCGGAUACGCCUGCGACAAGCAUUCUGCGAGACGGAAUGGCGGUCGACCUGCGGCGGGCCACAAGGGCUAUUGA